CUCCUCAAAUAGCGCUUCAAUUUAUGACUUCCAUUGACAGCUUUGUACACGACGUGCGUUUUAUUGCGGCUUCGUUCAUUUUGACGUUUAUUGUUUCACAAUGAAAAUAAUCAAAACAUAAAUAUCCACGGAAGACGUAUCGUAAAUUCAAUUCUUUAGGAAAUUAGUGUUAAUUAAUCUGGUAUCAUGUCCUUUCUAAGGGGAUCACUAAACUAUGUUUGGUGUACAACUAGUGUACUCGGUAAAGGAGCAACUGGAGCAGUAUUCCAGGGAGUGAAUAAGCAUAAUGGAGAACCAGUUGCAGUGAAAACAUUCAAUCAGAUGAGCCAUAUGAGGCCAGUGGACGUGCAAAUGAGGGAAUUCGAGGUGCUGCAAAAAGUUAGCCAUGAAAAUAUUGUCAAACUGUUGGCUAUCGAAGAUGAUCAAGAAGGUCGAGGAAAGGUGAUUGUCAUGGAACUGUGCACAGGAGGAAGUCUAUUCAAUCUACUUGACGAUCCGGAGAAUGCGUACGGAUUGCCAGCCCAAGAAUUCCGGCUGGUUUUGGAGCAUCUAACCGGCGGAAUGAAACAUCUACGGGAUAACAAUCUGGUGCAUCGGGAUUUGAAGCCGGGCAAUAUCAUGAAAUUCAUUUCGGAAGAUGGUCAAACCAUUUACAAAUUGACGGACUUUGGUGCGGCCAGAGAACUGGAAGACAAUCAACCGUUUGUGUCUUUGUAUGGAACGGAGGAGUAUCUUCAUCCUGACAUGUAUGAACGAGCUGUUCUCCGAAAGUCCGUCACAAAAACAUUCACCGCAAAUGUCGAUUUGUGGUCGAUCGGUGUGACACUAUUCCAUGUGGCUACAGGGAAUCUGCCAUUCCGACCGUACGGUGGUCGGAAGAACAAAGAGACGAUGCACUUGAUAACAACAAAAAAAGCAUCGGGCGUCAUAUCCGGCACACAAACCUCAGAAAACGGUCCGAUCGAAUGGUCACGAACAUUGCCGAACCACUGUCAGCUGAGCAAUGGUUUGAAGAAUUUGGUAACACCACUGCUGGCCGGCUUAUUGGAAGAAAGUCAAACGCGAAUGUGGUCGUUCGAUCGGUUCUUCAAGGAGGUGACGAACAUAUUGAGUAAAAAAGUGCUUCACGUCUUCUACAUGAACAAGAGUUCGUCGAUUGAAGUGUACGUGCACGAGGACGAUUCAUUGUACAGUUUCAAAGAGCACAUCGAAUUGCAAACGGACGUUCAUCCGGAAAGUCAGAUUCUACUGCUGGGAAACGAACACUUGGAAGAGAAAGUCGACAUAAACACACUGAUCAAAGGCUACCCGGAUACCAAUGCCGAUUCGCCGAUAUUCCUAUACAGCACCGACAAUAACAAUGUGACAAUACCGACCGAGCCAGAGUUGCCGAAAUUUCCAUCGUUUCCGAACAGUGUUUCGGUGGAGAAUGAUGCUAGUUUGGCCAAGGUGGGAUGCAGUGUUGGGCAUGAAUGUAAGCGACGCAUUGAAACGUAUUCGAGAAUGGAUCGAUUGUUGAAGGUCGGAGUGGAAGAGUUCAUUCAAAUGCUUAAUCAUUCGUUGGAGGCGUUGAUAGAGAAGACCAAACAUUUAGAGGAGAUGAGUGCUGUUGUAAGUGAACUGGGCGAAACGGUUAAUCUGAUUGCUACAAAUACUGACUGCGCCAAGGAUAUGAAUGUAAUCACAAGUAAGCUUGAUAGCCUUAAACACAACGUUGUGUCUGGAAUUGUGGAGCCAACACAUCAGUUGUACAAGAAAUUCGUCGUCGAAGAAUCGUUAAGUGCCGAAUGGAAAUCGGCGAUCAGGGAAAAGAAGUGUCCGUGCAAGACACGCUCCUCGGAACGGGCAAAGCAUUUAACCGAGAGAUUACGAGACUCGUGGCAGCAUUUAUUGAGGGACAGAGCGACGAGAUCACUAACGUACAACGAUGAGCAGUUCCACGCACUGGAAAAAAUUAAGGUGGCCGAGACUGGCAAACGAAUCAAGUCGUUGCUGAACGAUGAUGUGCGACCGGUUGUCGCUCAAAUAGCUGAAUGUUUGGCCGAUUGGUAUAAACAUGCGCAAACGAUUUACGUAAAGACACAGUAUCUGGAAAAGGACACAAAGAGUUGCGGUCAUUCGCUGUCCGGAAUCAGAGAUCACAUUUUUCAAAUUAAGGAAGAGCUACGGAAUGACGACGGCGAGUUACAGGUUUGUUAUAAUGGAGCGUAUGAACCAGCCAAACCGCCGCCAGCUCAACACCGCGAAUCACACAGGGAUAUGCGUAGCGCGCUCACCAACGCCGAUGAAAUCAACGAAAUUCUGCGAGUUAAUGCAGAACUGAUUCAAUUAUUACAGCAAUUGGGUUGUGGCGAUGAUAAUCUGAAUUCAAUUGAUCACAGUCGACUGUAGACCGUAAUUGGGUUUGGAGAUCAUUCGCUGCCUUCGCUUGUAAGAUAAUACACUGGACUACGCUCACGAUAAGCAAAUAUUUUUUAGUUUUAUUUUUAAAUUUUUAAUAAAGCAUGGAGAUUAAAUAGAGAAA